AUGGCUGAAUUCGCUGCUCUCAAAAAGGACAUCUACGGGUGUGGCCCGAUGCUUCCGAACCUUUCAAUAAUGGAGAACGGAUCCAUGACAAGCUUAUCGACAACCAAUGCCAACUCAAGUUCCGACGACAGCCUCAACGGCUCAGUCCCUAUAGCUAUCUGUGGGCUGGCUACACGCCUUCCCGGUGGCAUCAGCUCGACUGAGCAGCUCUGGGAAUUUCUGGUUAACAAGUCUGAUGCAUGUGACCGCAUUCCAGCGCAGCGGUAUAGCACCCAUGGACCUCAGGGGAAUACAUCUCCAUCGGCCACUACCGGAAAGGAUGCUUCUUCGGACAGACCUCACUGGAAAACUCACGGGUAUAUGUUGAACCACGUCGACCUUGCUGCCUUUGACGCUGCUCGUUUCUCUAUGACGCGUACCGAAUUAGAUAUCGUGGAUCCCCAGCAACGUCUUCUCCUAGAACUUGCCUGGGAGUGUUUUGAAAAUGCUGGCGAGACUCACUGGCGUGGUAAGGACGUGGGUGUAUAUGUCGGCUCCUUUGGUGAAGAUUGGAACGAUCUCCAAUACCACGAUCGGCAGGACCUCCAUCUUUAUAAACUUUCUGGAGUGGCCGAUUUGGUGCUUGCUAAUAGGAUUUCUUAUGAGAAUAACUUGAAAGGACCAAGCAUGGUUGUGAGAACCGGGUGUUCUGCCUCGUUGUACAGCCUCCACCUAGCUUGUCAGGCUCUUCAAGCGGGUCACAUACCGAGUGCUCUUGUGGGAGGGGUCAAUAUAAUCAUGAAUCCUGCUAAGGUUGAAACUAUGGUUAAUCUUGGCGUCCUAAGCAAGGAUGCUUCGUCACGAUCCUUUGAUGCUAAUGCCAAUGGCUAUGCGCGUGGAGAAGCUGCUAAUAUGAUCUUAGUAAAGAGGCUUGAUGAUGCCCUUCGUGACGGGAACCCGAUUCGCGCUGUUAUCCGCGCCACUGCUAGUAAUUGCGACGGGAAGACUCCAGGCUUAAGCAAGCCUAAUAGCGAGGCCCAUGAGAAACUGAUUCGGGCUUCAUACAGCGCUGCUGGUCUCGAAGAUGAAAUCGGCAAAACGGCAUUUUUCGAGUGCCAUGCCACAGGCACCUCAAGUGGUGACCCAGAGGAAGCCGGAGCAGUGGCAAACAUUUUCGGUGACAAGGGUGGCGUGUAUAUUGGAUCUGUCAAGCCAAAUCUGGGCCAUUCGGAAGGGGCAUCAGGGCUUACUUCACUUCUUAAAUGCGUCUUGGCACUAGAACAUAAAACGAUCCCCCCGAACAUCAAGUUCCAUCAGCCAAACCCUAAUAUCCCAUUUGAGCAAGGUGGCCUCCGCGUUCCGACAGAACCCUCCCCUUGGCCACAAGACCGCUAUGAGCGAGUCAGCAUUAAUUCGUUUGGGGUCGGCGGUGCCAACGCUCACGUUAUCCUAGAUUCGGCCGCAUCUUUCGGAAUCCAGACAAAUACCAGCUCAAUUCCAGCAGGAAGUCGUCUAAUAGUAUUUACUGCCAAUGACUCCAAGUCAGCCCACCGUGGGGCGCAAGAAUGCCGUCAUUUUAUGACUAACCAUCCCGAGCAACUUGAUGAUGCUGCCUAUACGCUUGGGUUACGCCGCGAACACCUCUCUCACCGAUGUUUUGCUGUUUCUAAUGAGGCAAAUCUUAAAGAUCUCGCCUUCUCGGCUCCGGUAAAGGUUCCUGCAGCCGUCCCGAAUGUGAUAUUCGUCUUCACGGGCCAAGGAGCCCAGUGGCCGACUAUGGGUUCGAUGCUAUUAUCAGAGCAUCCCACAGCCAUUAACGACAUUCAGAUCAUGCAGAAUGCCCUAUCAACACUCUCUCAAGAUCUUGCUCCAAGCUGGACUCUCUUAGAGGAGCUUGCGCGGUCUAUGGACACAAGCCAGGUAUACAAGGCGGAGUUCUCUCAGCCUCUCACUACUGCGGUCCAGAUUUUGGUAGUGAAUCUUCUCCGGAACUGGGGGGUUAUGCCCGCUGCUGUCAUCGGGCACUCGAGUGGAGAGAUCGCUGCGGCGUACGCCAGUGGUGCGCUGACCAUGGAAGAAGCUAUCAUCUGCGCAUAUCUCCGAGGGAGGGCUACAAAGCAGUCGGCACCAACAGCAGGCGCCAUGGCGGCUAUUGGUCUCGGCCCGGUUGAUAUCAUGCCGUACCUGGUUGACGACGUUGUAAUUGCUUGUGAGAACAGCCCUUCUAAUACGACCUUGUCAGGGGACAAAAAGAAAAUCGAGGGAGUUAUCCAGGCUAUCAAAGAUGAUUAUCCCGACAUAUUUGCUAGGCGGCUGCAAGUUGACAUGGCAUAUCAUUCUCAUUACAUGAAGCAAAUAGGCCAAGAAUAUGAGCUUCAACUCGCGCCCCGGUUGUCCGGCUACGCUGCCUCGAUUCCAUUCUUCUCAACCGUGACCGGUGAGAUGCUUCGUCCGGGUGAAGCACUCGACGCUGCAUAUUGGCGCUCUAAUCUUGAGUCGCCUGUUUUAUUUAACACGGGCAUAGAGAAUGUCCUCAAAUUUCAAGGCCUGGACAGCGUCCUAAUUGAGGUUGGGUCACAUUCUGCUCUUUCAGGACCGAUACGGCAGAUCCUAGGCCACUUGAAGGCUCAACAAGCUUCGUACAUACCCACAUUGAUACGCCAUGAGGACGACAAUAAGUCGUUACUUAGCACAGCAGGCCAACUAUUUUGCAAGGGAUUAACAAUUCGAUUUGCUUCUAUCAAUCCCUCCGGUAACGUUCUUACCAACCUGCCUAGUUAUCCAUGGAAUCAUGAUACGAAAUACUGGUACGAAACUCGUGUCUCACGGGAUUAUCGAAAGCGUGCCUUCCCACAUCAUCCCAUUCUCGGUAGUCGUGUUGUUGAAGCAAGCCAAGUAGAGCCUACCUGGCGGAAUUUGCUACGACUUGAGAACAUCCCUUGGUGCCACGACCAUAAGCUUGGGGGCGACAUAGUUUUUCCCGCUACGGGAUACCUGGCUAUGGCGGACAUCGCAUUACGCCAGAUUACGAUUGCUUCAGCAUUGAUCUUGAACUCGGAAACAACAGAGAUCGUCCUCUCUAUGCGUCCUUAUAGGCUAACGAACACUUUAGACUCUCGAUGGCAUGAGUUUACCAUAUCUUCUUAUAAUGAGAUGUCGGAUUCAUGGAUCAAACACUGUUUCGGUCUCAACAAGCACAUCGCUCAUCUCUCAAGGAAACUCGACGCAGCGCAUUGGUAUCAAACGUUCCAAGGACUAGAUAAAAUUUCUACGCAUCUCAUGCACGACAUUGCUGUCGCAGACCUACGGCCCGAAGUGGCCUCCGAACUAGAAAUAGAGGCUGGGACUGGCUAUUAUAUCCAUCCCACUACUUCGGAUGCUUGCUUGCAACUCUUGUCGACCGCUUCGGUUGUGCCGACCUAUAUCGGCGAGGCCUACUUCACAAAUCCCCAUGGCACCAUUACGGUUAAAGCCGCAGCCGAAACCAUGCCUAAUGGGGCCGUGGUAAUAGAGAUGAAGGAUGUUAGGAUGACACCCAUUGAUGACGGCGAGGUCCCAGACAAGGAUCCACAUGCUGGAGGCCGGUUACACUGGAAGCCUGACAUUGAUUUUCAGGACGCUUGUCAACUAGUCCACUGCCAGAAAAAGGUUAGGGAAUUAUAUUACAGGCUGCAGAGGCUUGUACUCCUUUGCUGCGUCGCCGCGCGGGACGACCUUGAUGGCCUCGAAGCCCCAAGUAACCACCCACACCUAGUCAAGUUCCAGAAAUGGAUCUGCGAACAAGUCGAACAAGCUGAAAUGUACGGAUAUCCUCUCCUCAACAAAGCUGAAGUACGUGAACUACUUCAACUCUCUCCCGAUGAGCGGUCUAGCCGUAUUCUUCACUACCUCCAACUCGUCGUCGACACCGAAUAUGCAACAAUCGGCAAUCUUGUCUACCGUCUGUACAAGGCUCUCGCAGGGAUAUUCCGCGGCGAUAUAGAUGCCCUAGAGACUCUUCGUAAGGACAAUGCACUAGCCAAGAUCUACAGCCUCGGUAACCAGUGGGAUUACGCGCCUUGGCUCCGUCUCCUAAGCCACCGCACGCCGCAUCUUCGCAUUCUAGAAGUCGGCGCUGGCACAGGUGCCACUACCGAUCUGAUCCUUCGCACACUUGACACCUUCUAUUCUUACGUAUACACCGAUAUCUCAGCCGGUUUCCUUCCUGCUGCAAAGGAGCGCUUCAGCCAUUCCAACCCAUGCAUGAGCUUUCAAACGCUUGACAUCUCUUCGGACCCCCUGGAACAAGGUUUCAAACCCGGCUCAUUCGACCUCAUUAUCGCAGCCAAUGCUCUCCACGCAACGCCAAAUCUCAGAGAAACCUUAUCUAAUGUCCGGAAGCUUUUGCGCCCUGACGGAAAACUCCUCCUGCAGGAAAUGUAUAUGACGGUCAAGUGGCUUAACUUUCUUAUGGGUGUUCUGCCUGGUUGGUGGUUAGGCGAAAAGGAUGGAAGAAGUCAGGAGCCCUACGUGUCGCCCCAGCGGUGGGCUAAGGAGCUUCUAGCGGCUGGCUUUUCUUCUCCGGAGGCGUCGGUCUUAGAUGAUGAGCUACCAUUCCAUGCCAACGUGACCAUCAUAGCCUCUCCUAAUAUUUCAUGGAAGCCCGAGCGCAUUGUCUAUCUCCUAUCGAGGCAACCGGACGGCGAAGUUGCCAGGAGAGUUUUGACUUCAUUGGAAAAGUUAGGGCUCAAGGUCAAGAACAUUGGGCUAUCGGAGAAACCACAGGGCGCCAUUAUCUCUAUUCUAGACCUGGAAGGCAAGGCAUUUCUACAAGAAAUCUCGCCUGAUGAGUAUGUCCAACUCAGGGACUUCCUAUCCAAUCUAUCUGCAGCAGGAAUGCUGUGGUUAACGAGGCCGAGCCAAAUGUACUGUUCGGAUCCACAAUACGCUAGCAUUCUCGGACUGUUGCGUGUUGUGCGCAACGAGCUGGGUGUCCCGCUAUGUUCACUCGAGCUAGACGACACAGAGUCUCCAAAAGCAUGGCAGGUUGUUUUCAAUGUCUAUCAGAAGAUGCUUCGGAUGCGUGCCAUGGAGCUGGACGAACUUACUGACCCAGACUACGAGUUUGCUUACUCUGAUGGCACUGUCUAUCUCCCGCGCUUCCAUUGGAUGUCCGUGACUGAAGAGUUAGCUUCCCGGCAAAGAGAGCAGCUCACGUUCAAGCGUCUAGAGAUCGGGAAGAGAGGUUCGCUAAAGUCAUUGCAGUGGAUUGAGAGACCGCUCCUAGGUGAUCUAACGGGAGAAGAGUUGUUCAUUGACGUUCGAGCUGUAGGCGUCAACUUCAAGGAUACAUUGAUUGCCAUGGGAAUCUUCAGCGGACCCACCGAAGCAGGAGACGGAUUCGGCGUUGAAUGCUCAGGGGUGGUUCGCGCCGUGGGCCCAGAAGUCACGGAUUUCUCACCCGGGGAUCGAGUUAUGGCCGUUACGUGCGAUGCGUAUACCACAACGCUAAGGACGGUAGCGUCUUGUUGCGCAAAAAUGACGGAUGAUCUCAGCUUUGAGGAAGCUGCAGGGAUGCCAUGUGUCUACCCAACUGUCAUUCACGGACUCAUCAACUUGGCAAGGUUGGAGAAAGGACAGACCAUUUUAAUCCACUCAGCAUGCGGCGGUAUUGGGCUGGCAGCCAUAUACGUUUGCCAGAUGAUUGGUGUCGACAAAAUCUACGCUACCGUAGGAAGUGAUGAGAAGGUCCAAUAUUUGAUUGACACCUUCAAGCUUCCAAGGUCACACAUUUUCUCCUCGCGGGAUGACAGGUUCUUCCAAUCUAUUAUGAACGAGACAAACAACCGUGGGGUGAACGUCGUCUUGAAUUCCCUGUCUGGGGAGCUGCUGCAUGCCUCGUGGAGAUGCGUUGCUGAGUUUGGCAGUAUGGUAGAGAUCGGGAAACGAGACAUUCUCGGUCAGGGACGACUUGAAAUGGAACCCUUCGAGGGUAACCGCGCUUUCUUCGGUAUUGAAAUGGAACCUAUUAUCAAGAAGCAACCACAUCGCAUACGAAAACUCUUUGAACAGUUCAUGGAGUAUUAUCGUACUGGAACCCUUAAGCCUAUACGGCCGAUCCAGAUGUUCAGUCACGCUGACAUCCAAUCCGCCAUCCGAACUAUGCAGAAAGGACAGCACAUAGGCAAACUCGUCAUCCGCAUCCCAGAAAAUGUCGCUGAUAUUGCGGCAAACCCUGCGCGUACAUAUUUCUCCUUUCGCGCCGAUGUGUCCUACCUACUUGUCGGUGGCUUCGGCGGUCUCGGCCGCUCUAUCGCUAUGUGGAUGGUUGAACAUGGAGCUAAACAUCUCACUUUUCUUUCAAGGGGUGCUGGCAAAAAACCACACGAGGUAGCUUUGGUUCGAGCAUUAGAAGAUGCCCAAUGUUCUGUCAGUGUCAUUGCGGGCAGUGUUACCAAUUUCAAAGAUGUUGUUCGCGCCGUCAGCCAAUCCCAUGCUCCCAUUGCCGGAGUGAUCCAGCUGUCUAUGGUACUACGGGAUCAUUUAUUUACGGACAUGCCCUUCGAAGACUGGGAUGCCGUAACUAGGCCUAAGAUUCAGGGUACCUGGAACUUGCAUGAAGCACUACUAGGGCAACCUCUAGACUUUUUCGUCAUGUUCAGUUCCUUCACAGGUCUCAUCGGACAGCGUGGACAAUCAAAUUAUGCAGCAGCAGGCACAUUUCUCGACGCUUUUGUACAGUUUCGCCACGGCUUGGGUUUGCCGGCAUCCGUACUUGAUGUUGGUGCCGUUGCCGACGUAGGCUUUGUAGCCGAGCGGCCGGAUCUGAUCCAAUUCUUUACGACGACAUCGCACCAUUUCCUACGAGAACAAGAUGUGCUAGAUUCGCUUGAAUUAGCCAUUCAUAAGUCAGCACCGAAACCACACAAGCUUGACAAGUCCUUCGUAUCGGAUAGCCAAAUCACACUGGCUAUCAGAACGACAAUCCCAUUAUCGUCCCCACACAACCGAAAUGUGUGGAAACGUGAUAUUCGCCUAGGCCUGUACCAUAAUCGUGACGCCGCUGCUGCGGGAGUGAGCCAAGACGGCCGUGCAGUCGGAGGGGCUAUCAAUGACGAAGAUACAAUAAUACGAGAACUAUUAGCCUCGGUCGAGAGUAACCCAGAAAUUCUGCAGCAGGACAGUUUUAUCGAACGCCUUGCGCGUAGCGUUGGAAUAGCCUUCUUUGCUUCGAUGAUGAAGCCGAUCGAAGAGCUCGAUGUCACAGCAUCGCUUGCGACUUUAGGUAUUGACUCGCUCGUGUCUAUUGAGGUACGCAACUGGUUACGUCUCCGCUUCACUGUUGAGAUUUCUGUGUUGGAGAUUAUGCGUAGCGAUAGUAUAUUGGGGUUAGCAAAAUUGGCAGCGAGGAAGUGGACAGCGAUAUUAGCUACAAAAUAGUAGGUUUCCCCUACGGUACAGGAGGAAGAUAGCCUCCUCUACUUUGCGAGUUGUGUUAAAAACUCAAUGACAUACUAAGUAUAAGUAGGUGGCUUACUUACGGUUAGGUAAAUGUAGACCGUGUUCAUAUCAUAACUCUAGAUUCCUCGCAAUAGCAUAUGAACUGUUG